GCGUCAGCCCGCGAUCGUUGGCCCGUCGGCGUGUGCUUCUCUCUCUCUCUCUCUCUUUCCAAACUCGCGUUGAAUAAUACACAGUCUACACACUAUAGAGUCAGUAUAGCAGCGUAGACUGUAGGUGCGCGGCGGCCGACUCGCGCACGCACAUCUCCGUCGACUGACUUUCCCGUGCAUCGGUGGUGUGCGCCAACCGCAGCUGGCAUACAGUGUGUUUUCUGUUUCCCCGUCCCCCAGCUCCGACGACGAUCCUCCCGACAAGCGAACACGCGCGAGAAAACGGACGUCGGACACGAGAAGAGGACGAGAGCGAGAGGAGGGUGAUGAGUCACUGAGGGGAGCAGACACCUCGGCCGGAAGGAUUGUCCUGCAUGGACCGUUCUCAAGACAAAAAAAUCGAGCACAUCGGUAGAAUGACGGCCAUGACGCAGGAGGAGAUAGUGGCGGGCGCCCGAACGGUGGCCCAGGGUCUCGAGGCCCUCAGGGUCGAGCACACGGGUCUGCUGAACGGGCUGCAGUCGCAGGAGGCGCCCGCGGCCAGGGACAAGGCGAGCAUCAUCUCGAAGAACAUCGACAUGAUCGAACUGGGCCUGGGAGAGGCUCAGGUGAUGCUCGCACUGGCCAGCCAUUUGCAGAUGGUCGAGGCCGAGAAGCAGAAGCUCAGGACUCAGGUGCGCAGGCUCUGCCAGGAAAACGCUUGGUUGAGGGACGAACUCGCUGGGACACAACAGAAGCUACAGGCCAGCGAACAGGCGGUGGCACAACUAGAAGAGGAGAAGAGGCAUCUGGAAUUCAUGGCCAGUAUGAGGCAGUACGAUCCAGAUCCACAGCCGGACGACGAGAACGCCAAGGAUCGGCCCAAGGACGAUCCAGUUGUCGAUCUGUUUCCCGAUGACGAGAACGAGGACCGAAACAGUAAGUCAAUGUCACCGACACCUCCGUCGCAGUUUGCCCAGCAAGUGACGGCCGGAUACGAGAUCCCGGCUCGGCUUCGUACCCUCCAUAAUUUGGUGAUCCAAUACGCCAGCCAAGGACGCUACGAGGUGGCUGUGCCACUCUGCAAGCAAGCCCUCGAGGAUCUUGAGAAGACCUCGGGCCAUGAUCACCCCGACGUCGCGACGAUGCUCAACAUCCUCGCGCUCGUUUAUCGUGACCAGAACAAAUACAAGGAGGCCGCCAACCUCUUGAAUGAUGCUCUCGCCAUCAGGGAAAAGACCCUCGGCGAAAAUCAUCCGGCGGUUGCUGCGACGCUCAACAAUCUCGCCGUCCUCUACGGAAAACGAGGAAAAUACAAGGAAGCCGAGCCACUCUGCAAGCGAGCGCUGGAGAUCCGUGAGAAGGUCCUCGGUAGAGAUCAUCCGGACGUCGCUAAGCAGCUGAACAAUCUCGCCCUGCUCUGUCAGAAUCAGGGCAAGUACGAAGAAGUCGAGCAAUACUACCAGCGAGCUUUGGAAAUCUACGAAGAGAAACUUGGUCCAGAUGACCCCAACGUCGCCAAGACGAAAAACAAUCUCGCCUCCUGCUACCUCAAGCAGGGCAAGUACAAGGACGCCGAAGUGCUCUACAAACAAGUGCUAACCAGGGCUCACGAAAGGGAGUUCGGUGCUAUCGACGGCGACAACAAGCCCAUCUGGCAGGUAGCAGAAGAGCGUGAGGAGAACAAACACAGAAAGAGGGAGAACGCUCCUUACGGAGAAUAUGGUGGCUGGCACAAAGCGGCAAAGGUCGACUCUCCUACUUUCAAUACUACCCUCAGAAACCUCGGUGCACUGUAUCGAAGACAGGGCAAAUACGAGGCGGCCGAGACGUUGGACGAUUGUGCAAUUCGAUCUCGAAGAGAGCUUGUCCAGCAGGCACUGGAUUUGGUGAAGCAGCCGAAGGUCGCGCAGAUUCUUGGCGAUGAAAAGGGUUCAAAUCGCCGGGGCUCGAGGACGAGUCUGAACAACAGUGAGCACGAGCAGCACGACGAGGGCUCCAUGCCACUGGUUCAAAGGGCGCUGAUGCACGAAGGACAGCCCGGCCAUCACGACGCUAGUCCUAACAAACCUGGUUUUAAAAACAAGAUCUUUAACGUUCUGGGCCUAAAUCCCUCCACGUAGGGGAUGGUUCAAGCACGUUCUGUAUUACUGUACUGUUAUUACUUUUGCUCAAACUUGAAUUUUGAUUUUCUAAUGCUACCGUAUACACGUCGCGCCGAGGCUUCGCAGUAUUUGGUUUGCUCAGUUGCUUUGCUUGUCAGCCAGAGCGAGGAAACUCGUCAUGUCAUCGCACGCGCUUUGUUGAUCUACGAAAAAUAGAGCCGCACACUUCUCAGUGUCUUGAUCAGAACGGAGAAUUCGCAGCUCAACUCUCGAAAAAGAAAGUCAUCGUCGACAUAAUUCUAUUGAUUACUGCAAUAGCUGCCGAUGCUGUCACAGCACUGGAGAGCUGAAAGUGCAUAAUAUUAAAAAAAAAUCUAUAAUAGUAUAAUAAUAACUGCAUGUUCAAGAGUAUUAACUACAAAUCAUUUUCAUCUGUGACUUAUAAUAUUUUACAACAAUGAUAUUUUUACAGUUUCAAUAAACUCAAAAUGUAUCUACGCAUUUACUCGUACCUGAAACAGUAGUAAUUCUAAAGUCAAAAUUGAUCAAGUUUCCUCGCUUUGGUAAAAACAGAUGUCGCGAUAGUUUAUACGAGCGUAAGUGUCUUAACGAAACUUGACGAAAUAUCCAAACCAGGACGCUACAAGUCCUUCAGAAGCUAGUGUGGUCUUACUGUGCCACUAGAUCACACUGAAUCUCAAGAUUUACUAUAAAGCUUGAUGUAAUAUCGUGAGGCCAGGAAAUGCUGCAGGAAUAUUUCUCAUAUUCGCUUAAACAGAAACACCAGAUCAUUGUUGUAUAAUGAUCUCAAAUUAUUUUAAGACGUAGGAUUGUUGCGCUCGAGCUUGAGACGAUAAAAUAUUUUCAUCCAAUGGAGAAAUAUGAGAGAAUUCGUGCAAUAUGAGUCUGCGACUCUGCGUUUUGAUGAUCAUCUAGACAUACGGUCGCAGACAAAGCGAUUUUCCAUCGCAAUAUACCGAAUAUGUCAUGCACAGUAGAAAAGGCAUUUAAAAUACUUAAGACGGUUAAACUGUGAAUCAAAGGAUAAAUGUUUGUUAAAAGCGUUUCUAAAUUUGUAUUUUAUUUCGAAUGACGCGGAUUUUUUUACUUUUUGUUAUCGAAAAUUGAGCGAUUAUUAAAUUUUUUUUUUUCAAAUACAUGAUUCGAGUACUAAGAGAUCGAAGUCUUCCGAGUCAAUUUAUUCCUUUCCGCAGAGAUGAUGUGAUUGAUUGUGCUCUUGAGAUUGUAUAUGGAAGAAAGGAGUUUGCACCUAGAUUAUAAAUGAAUUUUGGUUGCAGUUCAAUUACUUCGCGAUUAAUUUUUACACUGCGCACAAUUGACAAAUUUACAGAGUACCUCGAAUACACGGCUGCAUUUAAUGGCGUGCUUUUAAUUCAUGAUAAAGGUGCCUUUGAUUUUGUCGAUAUAUUAAAAUGAUUCGCUGUUAUGACAUGCAAGUUUAUUUUACUAUGAUCGGCGACAUGUGGAGGCAGUAACUGUCUCUGGUUACUCUGCGUAAUCUAACAAUGUAAACAGUUCGAGGUACUCUUUAGCUUAAUCUUUCUGUACAAUAGAAAGUAAAUUGUUUUUUUUUCACUAUUUUUGUUUAAUUAUAAAAGCACCGAACAUAAUAUUAUUACUAUUACUAUUAUUAUUAUUGUGUUAUCGCUAUAGGUAGGACAACGAUUGUAUGCGUUUGUUGUAUAUGUCGUUCCCGGAAGUACAUUCUGCGGACCGUCUAUAUAUUUGUUUUAUCUAUAUGAUGAUUUACACACCGCGAAGUUUAAAUGGAAAAGAAAAACGAAGUAGUGCCUCACUGUUAUAAUGGAUGAAUAAAUUAUUUUAUAACGAAAGAUCGUGUAUAUAUAUAUAUAUAUAUAUAUAUAUAUAUAUAUCGAUAUAUAUAUAUAUAUAUAUAUAUAUAUAUAUAUAUAUCGUGCAAGCCUCUUAUGUAAGCGCAUUUUAAAUGCCUUAUCCAAUGGCCCUAGCUGCAUAAAUGUAAAUAUAGUUGCGUGAUUUAAGACAAUAAAAGACUUUACAAAGAGUCAAAUUACACAAAUUGCAUAAUUAAGAAUAUAGAUAGUGAAAUUUGUAAAACUUGUACUUGUUUAUGAAAUAUACUGACUGUAUAUUUUAAAAUUCUUUUCCCUCUGUCUGUAUUCUUAAGGGUGAACUACACUGAGUUUCUAAUAUGAGUAAUGUUAAUAUUUUAUAAAUAACACGUAAAUGCAUACAAUUUUUAUCACACUGUCACACUAACUGUUUAUGAAUUAUUUUUAAUGUCAUUGGUAGGUAUGAUCAAAUUUACGAAAUCCACAUUCUAUCAUUGAUUCUAUGAACAUUUCAACUAAUUCUAUUAACAAAGGGACAUAACUAACUCGAACUAACGCUUUCUUAUUGUUAUCUUUUGAAGAAACCCUCAUUGGCGAUUCAUAAUGUAAGAUUUUGUAAAAUAGAAAUGUUUUCAUUAAGACAAGAGAUUAUUUCAGUGUAGUCUACCCUUAGGCUAAUGUUAAGUACCUUAAGUAAAUAAAAAUAAAUGGGACAAUGUUUAUCUUUUCUUCACAUAGUAGCGUUUUGAAGGAUUAUACGUUGAAACUUUAAUCUUCCUCACACACAUUUGUGUUUAACAUCGCCAUUUAUGAGUAUACCUAUGUUUAAUCACCCUGGAUGUAUGCGCCGCAAUGUCUAUUGUCGUUUUGUCACCUCAAGUACUCUGUGACUCGGGCCCUCGUACGAAAAAAGCCUUUAAAAAUCUAAAGAAAAAAAGCAUAUUUGCGGAUCGUUGGGUUUAACCGAAGAGCGAAGCAGUGAGUCUGGGCUGACUGAAAAGGAUCGCAAGCACAUGGUUCGCGCCCAGUAAGCUGCAUAUAAGUCACAUCACCAUCAUCACCAAACACAUACCACGAUUCUCGGGCUCCACGACGUUUCGGCUCCAAACAGCCGUAAUUGCUGAACGAAACGCCGACAGUGACGUCCGCUUAUCGUCUCUCACGAUUCACACUUACUCACGCUUCUCACACCGGCACAUUCCAGCGGCUUCUUCGAGAAAGAACAAAAUUAAAAAGCGACAGAGCGGCAGGAGAUCUUCAGGUGGAUGGAUGAUUAUACAAACAUGCUACAAGCGAGAAAUUAUCAAGGCUGAUUAUAUGAUGUUUUAACGUCCUCAUGCGUUGGCGAACCCUUUCCCGGUCCCGUAUAUUACAUUGUUUUUCUGAGCUACAUUUUGCUACGACACCCACACAUAUCCCGCGAAUCGCCGAGUGUGCAGCGAAUCAGUGCAAAAAUAAGUGCUUCGAGACAAGUUGUAGAGUCGGCUGGAACUUUUGAUUCAGUCGAUGGCGAGAAAGAGAGAAAGAGAGGGGGGGGGGGAGAGAAAGCGAGAGAAUUGCAUUAUAUAUUCCGUGAGAAUGAUGGCAAGAGAGUCAGUAUUUGAUAGAUAGCCUGUCCUUUUUUCAUUUACCAAUAUACAUUUAUUGCAUACACGCUUUUGACUUGCAUGAACGAGUUGGCUAGAAAAAAGACGUAACCAACGCGUUCAUCGAGCUCAGCAGGACACAUUUAUCGUAGCGCAUAAUACUGAGCCUUUCCAGACCUAGUUCGAAUUCGUAUUAAAAAGUUGAAAAAAGUAAUAGGAAUAGGAGAAAACCUUAUUCGUAUUAUGAUUAUUAAGUUAUUUUUAUUUAUUUCGCGUGGUGCGAGAGAAUGACCCUUCGGUUUGUCGUAUAGGCGUAAUCGCGUGAUAUCGGCGUAAGGAAAUAUAAGCGGGAUGCACGAUAAAAGCUCGUGUGAUCUUCGAAAAAUUUAUCGAUAUAAUUGAUAGAAAAAAAAUUAUAAAAAUUAAUAUAUAUUCUGAUCUGAGUUUAUGCAAUUAAGUAGUCAGAUUUAUGCGAUGCAAAAAAAAAUGCGCUUCUACGGCUUAAUUUCUUGUUUUAUGAUAAAAAAUCGAAAAAAGUUUGUCACUUCUUGGUGUCCUCGGCGGGGACAUGGAUACGCAAUUACUUAAAAACAAUUCAGUACUAGAUAAGAUUAGGAGACAAGUAUUUGAAAAAUAUAUGAAAAUUCAUUUGAUGAGAUAUUUUUACAUUCGAUGAUGAGAAAAGUAAAGAAAUAUGUUUAUCAAAUCGAUUUUUGAUAAUGAAGUUUAAAGAUUAGACAAGAUAUAUUAACUAGUUUUGCAAUAGUCGAAUAAACUCAAAUAAAAUAUCACUCCUUAGAAGAAUGAUAUAUAGAAUAUUUUGGCAAAUCUUGAAGCCGCAUCAAAGAUUACCCUAGGUAUAAAUAAAAUAUGUAUUAAAAAAAAAACUAGAAAAAAUAAAAUUGUUUUUAAGGUAAUUGAGUAUACUGCGUUCUGUUCCUCAAUAUAAAAGAAAAAACCAACCCGUGCAUUUACGGUGUAUCUCACGAAUAUGCGUGCGCCUGAGAGCUUACGGGCCUAUGAAUUAUUUCCUUCAAAUAUUGUUUCAAUUGUUCAUAGUAUACAUCGAUCGAAGCUUUUAAUUAAAUAUAGAAAUCGCGCCGAGCGUGACACAUUCUUUUUGUACAUAAUACAAAGUAUGUGAUUAGGUAAAGCACUGGAAUCGCGUUUCGACAGAAAAAUCCCGAUUGGCGUUGAGUUAAACUAAGACAGAAUAUAGCAAAAUGGCGGAUUUAUUACAUAGUUUAAGGGGCUAUUGCUUUGAAAGUUUAUAGCUCGUUUUAUUUUACGAAAAAGAAGAAACACACGGUUUUUACACCCACAUAUACAUUGGUCAUUUUUUUCCACUUAAUUGUAGUAUAAAGUUCGAUGGGUUGGGUAAUUGUAUUGUAGAAAAUUAACCAUUACAUUCAUGUAUAUGAUAAACAGUUAUAAUUAUAUAUUCUUCUUUUGUGCUAAAGAAAUGAUACGUUGAUAAGAUAUUUUUAUACUUAUUGAAAUAAUGUUUUGAUAAUUUAACUUCACGAAAAAAUGUUACACCCGAAAACCUUGAAUAAAAACAAAAGUUUAUCGGACUAUUCUUUUUUUCUUAAUGAUUAACUUGAUUUUUUCAUAACCAUUGAUAUACCUGUGUAUGAAACAAGAUUUUAAUGCAAAUGUAGAUCAAUCAAAAAAGUAAUGGUUAAAUUUCAGCAAAUCUGUACAUACAACUGAUUGAAUUGUUCAGCAAUAGUUGAUUUUGACUAGAUCAAACGUGGUUUUUAGUUUGUACCUGUAGGAAGACACUUUUAUGAUGAAAAAACAUAAACAAUUUAUCAAGUAGAGCUUUGCGCCACUGCAAUUUUAUUUACGUCCGGCUUACUCGUAUACUACACAGACUUUAUUAUUUCUUUUUUUCAUAUUUGUUUUUCAACCAACAAUACAAUAAGUGUGACUUUGUAUCUGUUUAAAUAAUUCUAAAAGCUUCAGGUUAAAAAAUUACAAAUACAUUUCGGGUUGUAUUCCUAAUGAUGGUACGCAUAAGAUAUUGAUAUCUACGGCAUAUAUAUGUAUGGCGAGUGAUAAAUAUUCAUGUGUCGCUCAAAGCUAUUAAACAAAUAGAAUCUUUUCGACGAUAUUUUACGUGUGCGACGAGAAGAUGAGAUAAAAUAAUAUGUUGCGCUGGAAAAAUGAAAAGCACCAUUGAAAAGAAUACUAGUUGAUGGAGAGAGCCGUUUUUAUUGUGAUAAGCUGUAAGGAUUCUACGAAAAAUAUAAGAAUAUGCAUUAUUUACGAGACGAUGCGAAUUAUUAUUACGUGGAAAAAGAUUGAAAUAAAAAUCAUUUUAAUGGAAAGUGAUACUAAAAUUGCACUGCGUUGUUUAUGACAGAACUUAAGCAGCGGUGUUCUGGCUCUCAGGUGCAACCUAUUGUUAUUCAUUGAAAUAACGUGUAAGCUUUGAUUUAUAAUAAACAUUUUAACUUGUAAUAAAAUUUAGUUUAUUUUA